AUUGUUUUUAUUUCUCGCUUUGCGUCGCCUCUCGCAAACUUUGAUUCUGUUUUGUUGUCGACGUCGUCCAACAGUACUUCGCGAAUCAAUAUCCUGAUUUUCUAUAGCGAUAAUAAUUAAUAUUUUUUUGGAAAAGCGCUUUCAAAGUGUAACGUAAUUAUGAAUAUCAAGAGCGACAUCAAAAUCAUGCCCCGCUCGAUGGUGUGCGAGGACAGCAACCUACGUGGUGACAUCACCAUUUCCAGCGGAUGCGUAAUCCAUCCCAGCACGACCAUCAUUGCCGAAUCGGGUCCGAUCGUGCUGGGCGAGAACUGCAUUGUGGAAGAGUACGCAACUAUCGUGCACCGGAUCCCGAAGGGGCACCCCUCCUAUCAGGAUGCGUUGGAUGGCAAUGUAAAGCCGUUGGUAAUCGGACCGGACAACAUCUUCGAGGUGGGUUGUACGGUGGAAGCGCUCAAGAUUGGCGAGCGCAAUGUGUUCGAGUGCAAGAGCUACGUGUCGGCCGAUGUGGUGGUCACGAAUGGGUGCGUGAUUGGCGCCGGAUGUCGGCUGGUGGGGGAGCAAGUGCUACCGGAGAAGACCAUCAUUCAUGGGAAGCAGUGCCAGCAGCGGGAAGCGAUUGAGAAACAGAAGUCUCAAAUGGUACAGCUGGAUUAUUUACGAAAAAUUUUGCCUAAUUAUCAUCAUCUGAAGAAAGCUACCUAUGACCCGAAGAAAGCCAGAGCGCAAGUUUGAAUUCAUACAGGAUUAUGAAGUAUUUGAAUUCCAUCUCUAUAUAAUUUAAUUUUCUAUUUAUUCUAAUUAAAAAUCAUGUUUGAACUUUUUGAUCUAUUACUACAUGUAA